AUGGCUACUCGACGCUCAGCUCGUCUGGGCGCCCAAGCAGACACCCAAAUCGCACCUCUCCCAAUCGCACCACCGGUCACAAAGAGCCGGAAGAGAAAGUCUAUGGCGGAACCAACUCUCACGGAUCCGGUCCCGUCUUCAGACCCCGUCACACCGGCGAGAAAAAGAGGCCCAAAGGUUGCACCCGUUACCCCAAUCCCUCCGCCACUCACGCCCACCCCGAGCGCUGUGGGCAUCAUCGCCGAACGGGCGAACCGCACGGCGAAUCCCAAGGUGAAGGCCAUCAACCGCCUCGCCGAUCCGAAACUUACCAACGCUCCCAUCCUUUCGCCCGAAACCUCGCGGGUAAUCGCCUCUCACCCUGCCGAAGACAUAUCACCGUCGAAGCCAUCCAUGGCGGCCGGGAAACGCACGACGACUGCGAACAUCCUAGAGGAAGCGUGCCGUCACCUUAUAGAGGUCGACCCGCGCAUGAAGCCCCUCAUCGAAAAGAACCACUGCCGCGUUUUCUCGCCAGAGGGUCUCGCCGAAAAUAUCGAUCCCUUCGAGAGCCUUUGCAGCGGUAUCAUCUCCCAGCAGGUCUCUGGUGCCGCCGCAAGGUCCAUCAAGAACAAGUUCGUUGCUCUCUUCUCAGAAGAAGAGUCCGAGUCCAAAAGAUUCCCUCACCCCUCGGAGGUGGCCGCCGCUUCCAUCGAGCGCCUACGCACCGCCGGCCUGUCACAGCGCAAGGCCGAGUACGUCAAGGGCUUGGCCGAGAAGUUUGCGAGCGGCGAGUUGAGCGCGCAGAUGCUAGCAGAAUCUCCCUACGAAGAGGUGCGGGACAAGCUCAUCGCGGUGAGGGGUCUGGGGCUCUGGUCGGUCGAAAUGUUUGCCUGCUUCGGGCUGAAGAGGAUGGACGUCUUCUCGCUGGGCGACCUUGGUGUGCAGAGAGGCAUGGCAGCCUUUGUCGGACGGGAUGUGGCCAAGCUCAAGGCCAAGGGAGGCAAGUGGAAGUACAUGUCCGAGAAGGAGAUGACCGAGAUAGCGAGUCGGUUCGCGCCAUAUCGCAGCGUCUUCAUGUGGUACAUGUGGAGGGUCGAGGAAACUGAUAUAAGCACGCUGGAAUAA